CUUAUCAGUGUGUUUGCCUAAGCUACAGGCUGUAAGCGUCUGAGUAACUGAAGAUUUGCUGAAGGGAAUUUUUGUUGACAUUAUUGUAACUGUGAAAUGGCUAAUUGAGGAUGAUUUCUAGAGAAACAGUUCCAUUUCUGUGCUGGCAGAGACGAGUGAACAUGUAGGCAAUGUAGCAGUAAAUGUGACCUGAGCUUUAUUUAAGCAGGUUUCUUCGAAGGAGUACUGUGUAAUGUUUUGGUCCUGAAGGGGAUGACCAAAGUUGGGAAUGGGCGACUUUGACAAGAUCUGGCGCGAGCACUGUGAGGAUGAGCAGACACUGAGUGAGUAUGCCCUCGCCAUGAAGAAUCUUGCUGACAACCACUGGACCAAAAACUGCGAAGGGGAGGGACGCAUCGAAUGGUGUCGCAGUGUCUGUCAAGAAUAUUUUUUGGAUGGUGGGAUGAAAAGAAUGUUAGAAAAGGAUGAGAAAAGUGCCACGCUUGCCAUGGGUCUGAAUGCAGCAUCUGUAAGUGCCCAACCGUACAGCACCAUCCCCAGUUCAAUCUCUCGGCUGGGGAAAAUGCGCCUUCUUGACGUGGGAAGCUGCUUCAACCCUUUCUUGAAGUUUGAUGAAUUCCUUACAGUUGGUAUUGACAUAGUGCCUGCAGUUGAGAGUGUGUACAAGUGUGACUUCCUCAACCUUCAGCUCCAGCAGCCUCUCCAGCUGGCAGGAGAUGCGGUAGAGGCCUUCCUCCGCCAGCUCCACAACCCAAUCGACACUCUGCCUGCCCAGCUUUUCCACGUGGUGGUCUUCUCCCUGCUCCUGUCCUACUUCCCCUCACCAUACCAGCGCUGGAUCUGCUGUAAGAAAGCCCACGAGCUGCUGGAGCUGCACGGCCUGCUGCUCAUCAUCACGCCCGACUCCUCCCACCAAAACCGCCAUGCCCUCAUGAUGCGCAGCUGGCGCGUCGCGGUGGAGUCGCUGGGCUUCAAGCGCUACAAAUACGUCAAGUAUUCCCACAUGCAUCUCAUCGCCUUCCGUAAGGUGUGUCUGGCCACCACCAGCGACCUGGUGUCACGCAACUACCCUGAGAUGCUCUACAUCCCCCAGGACUUCCACUCCAAUGAGGAGGAAGAGUGUGCCGACGUGCCCGUGCAGGUGCGCUCCGAGUUUGAGGAUGACCAGCUGGCUUGGGGCUUCACGGAGCUACCUGACACGCCCUGUGAUUCAGAUUCUGGGGAGAGCCAGAGCAGCUCAGUGCCGGGCUUCUAUGAGCUAGAAGACCCCAUCCUGCUUCAGAGCUAGGCUAAACCAGCUACCCCCCCCCUCCUUUUCUCUACAUAACUGUCACCUUCCCUUCAAUUGCUGCGCUGCCAAAUUUAACCUGCUGCAUUCUUCUCCCACGUCUCUUCCCUGUCCUCAAAACAAUGCAGUUUGCACAGUGUGAAAGACAGAAGUUUAUUUUCUCAUAUCCACACUCCUCUGAGAGUACACACACAUACACGCACACAUAUACACAUACACACACACACACAAACUAAGAUGGAUAUAUUUUGAUAAAUAUCUAGGUUUUUUAAGAGUUGGAAAGUGAAUGCCCUUAAGAUAUCUAAACUCCCUGCUCCUUGAUUUCCAUCCCAUCUUCCAAUCAGCAUUUAAUAACAAAAGUCAGCUUUUCUACAUUCUGUACUCAGUCUCUAUCUGAAUAAGCUAGUGUGGCAGGCUGCUUAGUACAAAAGGCAAAUACAGCAACCCGAGCAGUCUGACAGGAGUAUGAUUGCACUGGAGAGACUGAGAUGGAAUGACUGGACUGGUACGCUUGCUUAUGUCACAGUCAUGCAGCUAGAUUUUCUGAAAAUUCUUGAUGUGCAUUUAGUUUUCCAAGACAAAAAAAUAAGUUCAUUGUUUUGAAAUAUAUAUUCUCAACAGUCAAAACAUUGGUGUUGUCCAGUGUUAAGUGUGGCAAUGCCAUUUUAACUUGGCAUCCUCUGAAUGAUUUAUGUAUCUUUUACAAGCAAGUGGUAUUUGUAGCAUUUUAAACAUUUUCCGAAACAUAUGGUAGGAGUAUUACUAGGUUUACUAAUGUGAAACUGUAACUGUGUUUACUCAUUGUGUAACAAGGUACGAGUGUUUCAGAGUAGGUAUUACACUUUUUCCCUUCUCUCGUUGUCCUCACAAAUAUUAAUACUGAGUUAUCUCCUGUUAGAUUUUCAAUACAUUUUUGUUCUCAAGCAGAGAAAUAGUACAGCACUGCAAGUCAGUGACCCACAUCAAAUGGACUUUACAGCACCAGUAUACUUUGACACAAUUUUGUAACUUUGAUGUGAAAAUACAGUAAGUACUCUGCCUCCAAAAAGAUCCAGAUCUGAGCUACUCAGUCAGAAAAUUCACCUCAUUAGAAGAGAUUUGCACUAAUUUACUGUUUUGUCAUACAGGACCUCUGAAACAGGUGAGAAACUGUAGAUUUUAGCAAUAGCAAGCGAGCCCAUAUCUGAAGAUACUGUACCCUACGGGAGGAGGUUUUAGCUAAAGACACUACCAGAUGAAAUGUUAGUGUGUGUUCCUGCCUGUCCCUGAACAGGCUAAAUGUGUGGGUGUGGGUGUGGUUGGGUUUGUCAGUGUGAAUGGAGGAAUGAAUUUACGUUGAUGUGUUUUUUUUUUUUUGUCAGUGACACUUCAAAAAACAUUGAUCAUUGAUCCCAAAGGGUGUCACAAAAUGUAAUUAUUUUCCUAUGAUGACAGUUUUACAACCAAUAUGAUGGGCCCAUAAGAUAAUAUCAGUAAGGUGCCUUCUUUGUUCACAUUUACUGUAUGUUGCAAGCAGACUUUCAUGCCCCUGGAGAAAAUGAAACUCAUACCUUUUAACAAAAAGAAAUCAAGCUUCUUUGGCCAAACAGUACAUGCAAACUGUCUCCUUUGUCAUAUUAAUGGAUAACAAGAAACAUUUCCAGUGUUGAUGUAAUGUAUGUUGUUGCCAUUCCCAUAUCAUUUUCCAGUUAAUGCACAUCUCUGUUGAUAUCUCCUCUGUUUUCAUAGAAAAAAAAAACAUUUCACAGUACCAGACAUAUUCAGACUUUGAAGAGGCGUGUUUUGUGAUUAAUUGGUGCAUUUGUCUUCCAGUGUUUCUUUUGGCCCAUUUGCAUGAGAUGGUUCAUCUACAUUAUCAACAUUUUCAACAAUGCAGAACAAUGUGUGCUUAUAGUAUGGUUGUAUUUCUCUUUUAUAAAUGAAUGUAAACUUAA